AUGCGUCGGCUCACCGAAUCUGAGCGUGCAAAGCUGGAGCACGGCUUUUUGUGGAUGGACUGGUUUUCUGUGCCACAGAAAAAUGUCGCGGGUGACACGCACAGCUCACUGGUUGAUCAGCUCUGCUCGAUGUGUAUUGAGUCCAUCCCGAGCUAUGUCGAGGCCUGCGAAGUAUUUGUGGCACUUACUCCCAGGCUGAGGCAUCACGACUUGGGACAACUCUGUGAUUUUCCCUCUUGGCAAUCCCGGGGUUGGUGCAGGACUGAGCUGUGGUGCAAGAUCCUGUCCUCAACAUCAGAUGUGUGCUUGGUCCAGGUUUCAGCCGGGGAUAAGGUGGACUUUUUCUUGCCCAUCAGAUGGGUGGAUUCUCCAGUUCCUGAAGGCAAUUUCACUGUGGAAGCUGAUCGAAAGGUCUGUUGCCAAAUUGUGCGAGCAGCGUUGGAUGCCAAGUUGGGGCAGCUUUCCGGAAAACCCAAGCACCUCAAUGUAUUCAGGUACCUUGCAGGCAGGUACGAAGACUUCAUUGGCGCCCCGCCUGUGCCACAGAACCCAGAGGAAUUUGCUUCCAGCUUCAAUAUUGCUUCGCUGGAGAAGUCUGCCAAACAGCGCGAAGGUGUCGGAGCAGUUGCUUGUGCUGUUUUGUCGGGAGACAUUGGCAUGCUACAACACCUGGUGACAUGUCGGGCAGACCUCGACAUCAAGCUACCAACAUUAUGGGAAAUGGCAUUGCCGGCAGGGUGCACGGCUCUCCACCUGGCUGCCAUCAGAGGCUCCCGAGGUCUGGAUGUCUUGGAGGAGCUUCUGAAACUGAGAAGCGAUGCCAAUGCGUGCGAGCGACACGGUGGCCCUGUCUUGUGCUAUUGCCAAGCUGCAAAGUCGGUUGACCUUCUUGUAAGGUACCGAGCGGACGUCAACAUCUUAAAGCCACCAUCGAAAACAGCUGCACUUUCUGGUGUGUGUGCUCGAGGUGCGCCCUAG